GAUGGUAUCUUGUCACUGUUCGACAGUCAGUCGCGGCGGCGGGAAGCAAGUGCACGGACAGGACGAGAGUCAAGCUCGCCAAGCCGACGCUCACGUAGAGAUCACGAAGCGGCGGCGGCCAUCGCGCUCGCUUUGUCUGGCCAGCCAGACAGCCAGACAUCCUCGCCGCUCGCUCAAAGCUGACGAAAUGCAAUCUCCUCGGUUCAUCAACCCCUCAGCCCCACACUACCAGACUCAAUCUCAAUCCCACUCGCCACCGCCACGAUGCUGGCCUUCCGCACCCUUGUCCUCUUCGCGCUCAGCAGCGCUUCUCUCACGCUCUUCACCGCCGCCGCCCCUAUUCCCAACGGUGGCACCAAGGACAGCUCCAAGGGCGCCUUCAAUGAUCUCAGCAACGUCACCACCUCUGUCGAGGGAUUGAUUCACAGUGAGCAAGCAGUGGAUGGCCCUCUUCAGACCGCCAAGGAUCCCAACAGCAUCACCGGCAGCGGCGCCGGUAGCGGCAGCGGCGGCGUGGACGUCCCCGACUCGAACAUCAAGUGCGACUCUGGCAACAAUGCAUUCAACGUAGGCCUCCUGCGCCCUACUACUCAGCAGCGCGUCACGCUUGGGCAGCCCUUCUUGGUCUCGUACUGCUCUCCCACCUACCAUGCCACCCGCUCCAUGGGAUGGGAUGUCCUCGCCUACAAUUCUAACUCGUCCGGCACCAUGGGUCGGCUCCUCGGCAUGAACAUCAAUAGCCCCUCGACGCAUGUAACCAUCGAUGAUCGCUACUACGACCGACUCGCAGUCUACGAACGUCAGACCGGCUACGCCGGCAAUCAGUUCAACAUGAUCACCAGGGACCUUCUCUUCGAUGACAACCAGGAUGCUAAUGGCAAGAAAGUGAAGGAUGCCGUAGGCCAGCUGAGCCCCAAUGUCUCCUCGCACCUUGACGGCGCAUGGGUCUCUUAUCAUUCUGGAACCGGGCACAUCAACAACAAGAGGUCACUCUUCAAUGACGGCGACAAGGCGGCGGCAGCAGCAGCUAUUGCCGCGGGCAAGAAAGCAGCCACAGCUGGCGCCCACGAUCUCUCUGCUGCCGAGAAGAAGGCUAAGCAUGAGAUGGGUGGACUCAUGGCUGACAUCAAGCACGCAGCCAAUAAUGUCAAGAGGUCGCCCAUCAAUGAAGGCGACAAAGCAGCAAUGGGAGCCGCAAUCGCUGCAGGCAAGAAAGCCGCCAAGGCUGGAGCUCACGACGUCUCGGCCGUACAGAAGGAGGGUCAACACGCGGUGGCCGGCAUCCUCGCCAACAACAGCAACAACAACAAGUCCCUCCUCAGCGCUGACGACAAGGCAGCAGCCACGGCGGGUAUGGAUGCGGGUCUACAAGGCAUCAAUGCUGGCCUGCACGAUCUUGGGUCCGCUGCGAAGAAGGCCGUACAUGAGGCAGAGGGGAUGGUUGCCGGUAUCAAGGACGCAGCCGCGCUUCCCUGAGUAGCGACGUCUCGAUCCAAGGCGUCGAAUCCCCAACUCGCCAUAGUCACCUCUCGAUUACGCCCUGACUGUUCGUCUGCUGUUCAACCCCUAUCCCCUCAUUCAGCUGACCAGAAUAGUCGCCGUCUCCCAUAUAGUCACCCAGUCUCGCUCUUCGAUCGUCGAUCAUCUCUCAAUGUCCAAGCUCGAAACACGCCACGCUUCUCUCACGAUCACGAUGAAAUGUCAUGACCGUCACGACUU